AUGGUAAUAAGAAAUUCUGAGCCAUCUGUAAAACCAAAAAUAACAUCUAAUGGACGACGAACACCAACAAUAGUUGUUGGUGUUAAUGGAAUUAAAAAUAAUGUUGAUACAUCAAGAAAAUUAUCAUCAUUAUCAACAACAAAACGUUCAACAUCAAUGGAUGAAUUAAUAAGAACAAUUGAAUCAAUACCAAUACCAACUAUAAUUGAACAACCAAUUGUUGCUUCCGAAAGAGCUGAUUCAGGAAAUGGAGGAAGUAAUGAAGAUAUUCGUCGAUUUGACCGAAGAAAUGAUGAACAUUUAUCACCAUCUUUAUCAGUUCUUGUCAAUUCUGACUAUCCAAAGUCCUUGACUAACGAUGAUGAAUCUGAUCCUACAACUACUCUCGAUUAUAAAUCAUUAUUAACUAUGGCUACAAGUACAUCAACAUCAGCCACUACACUUCUCAAACGACAUCAACAAACAUUAUCACUUCUUGAUCAAUCAACAACUAAACGACAACCAUUAACAGUAACUAAUCAUGAUUCAAUUUUUCCUAUAUCUCAUGUUACUAUUCCAUCAGUAAAAACAAUCAUAUUUAAAGAAAAUAUUUCAGCAUUACCAAAUGAUCCAAUUAUUGAAGAAAUUCGUCAUAAUGAUGGACGUAUUGAACGUAUUAAAUCUGAUCUAUCAAAACAAAUUAUAUUUCCAAAUGGUUCAAAACAACAUAUAAGUUCUGAUGAAAAAUUUUCUGAUGGUCGUUGUAUAUAUAAAUAUGCUAGUACAAAUACAACGGAAACCGAAUAUCCCGAUGAUACACCUAUAUAUGAAUUUUCAAAUGGACAAAUUGAAAAACAUUUACCUGAUGGAAAACAAGAACAUAUAUUACUUGAUAAAACAAAAAAUAUUUAUUUAACUGAUGGAACAAUAAUAUCAUUAAAGCCAAAUGGAGAAAAAUUUAUUCAACAUCCAAAUCAAACAAAAGAAGUUCAUACAGAUACAUAUAAAAGAAAAUUAUUUCCAAAUGGUUCAAUAUCAACAAUAUUUAAUACAGGUGAACAAGAAAUACGUUAUGCAAAUGGAAAAAUUAAAAUCAAAAAUGCACAUGGCUAUAUUAUUAUGGAGAAAAAAAAUCCAACAAAUAAUAAAUAA